AUGAGCGGCAGUUCAGAGGCGCAGCAGCCCGCCGACAGCAGUGCUUCUAUCCCGGUGUCAUCAUCGCUCGAGCACGUCUACACACCCUCGUCGCUUCCUCAACAGCAGCAGCGGUGGGCCCAGCUGCAGCAACUGUUUGAGAAACAGUACGGUGUCAAGGCUCAAGCAGUAGCCAGGGCUCCCGGCCGAGUCAAUAUUAUUGGUCAGUACUGCUACGACAACUCCUCGGCGGAGGCUGCCCGUCUCUUUGCUUUCCCCCCGCUUUUUUCCGGCCUGCCCUGCCACCUUACUUGUCGCAUGGUGGGAAGGAGUCUCGCGCUGAUCCACCUCUCACUUGGCAGGCGAGCACAUUGAUUACUGCGGAUUGUGAGUUGAUGAACAGACAUCCAAGCCGGGAACGCGGCCCUUUCCCUGCUCCCGAAGAUCAUCUUUGGCCUCUCGUUUUCGAUCGAUCUUGGAGCCCCGCGCCAUCGAUAAAGUCUGAACAUGUGUCGCUGCUUCCUCUCUCAGCUCGGUCCUGCCCGCUGCGGUCGAACGCGAUGUUCUCAUCGCUCUCUCGACCUCACCCAAAGAAACUACAAACUAUCCGCAACCAUCGCAACCCGACCACACCGUCAUCAUCCUGCGCAAUGUCGACGAUAAAUUUUCACCGACCCACUUCGAGGUCGAUCUCAAUUCGUCCGCGUGGGAUGUACAGAUGCCCAAGCAGCACCAUUGGAGCUCCUACUUUAUUGCCGGAACCAAAGUAUGUGGAUUGGUUCGGGAACUCUGAAUGAACUACGGGUGAUCAUGUUGCCCUGGCUGAUCAUCUUACUCGUCGACGACCUCCCCAGGGGGUCCUUGGUCACCUGUACUCUCGCACAGCCUACCUGCCGUCAACAGGGACGUAUCCCUCCCAUAUUGUCAUGCUUGUUACCGGUUCCGUUCCCGAAGGUUCCGGUCUGAGCUCGUCGAGCGCCUUCACAAUCGCCUCGUCCAUCGCUAUUCUCCAUGUCGUCGGAAGGAUCUCGGGGUCCGAUGCGAUCGACCGCAAGGCCAUGACCGAAGUCGCUAUUGCAAGUGGUAGGUGUAGGCUUGGCACACAGAACUUUCAGUGUUGAUCGGUGGGGGCUGACGGUGGGCUGUUCAUUGGUAGAACGACUGGUCGGCGUCAAUUCGGGAGGUAUGGAUCAAGCUGCAUCGGUAUUUUCUCAACCUCUGCACCUCCUGCACAUCGACUUCGUUCCUUCACUACACGCCGCACUUGUCCCUCUACCUAGGACCAGACCUGGAUUUGCCUUCGUCAUCGCGAACUCUCUGGUCACCUCGAACAAGGCAGUGACGGCCAAGUACUGCUACAACCUUCGAGUGGCCGAAACCCGCGUCGGAGCAUUGCUCCUGGCCAAACACCUCGGCUUCGCCCCGACACCCGGAAUCACCUUCAAAGCAAUUCUCGACCAGUACUGCUCCAGCCCGCCCUAUCAACCGGGCCCCAAGAGUCGAAAGAACAGGUCUUCGCCGCUGGCAAGGGAAUCCAUCUCCCCCGAUGGCCCUACCAUGGCGGCCAAGCCCUCGUCCCCUCUCCCACCCGAUAAUGCGAACUGCAUCUACGAAAUCAAGAUGAUGCUCGGAUUGGCGAUCGAUGCCUUGCGUGGACCGGGGAUGGAAGCUGGCAUGACGUGGGACGAAAUCGCCGAAAAGCUGGGACGAGACGUCGAUGAGCUCGAGAAAGAAGUGGCGUGCGGGCAACAGGUCGAGCAAGUUGGUGGCAAGUUGAAGGUAUGGAAGAGGGCUCGUCACGUCUUGGAAGAGGCGAAGCGGGUGUACGAGUUCGUCGAGAUUUUGUCCGAAUCUUCCACCGGGGAUACAUCGAAGGAGGCGUCGGGCUCGACGAAGACGGGGACACAAUUGUUGCAAGAGAUGGGGGAUCUGAUGAACGAAUCGAUGAGGUCCUGUCAAGAGGAUUACGAGUGUUCUUGCCCCGGUUUGGACGAGUUGGUCAAUCUGGCCCGCAAGAAUGGCGCGAUCGGGUCGAGGUUGACCGGUGCGGGAUGGGGAGGCGCCACGGUCUCGCUGGUGGAGGAGGACAAAGUGGCGAACUUUAUCAAGGCACUCAAGGAGGGCUACUAUCGCAAGAACUUCCCCAAGCUAGACGAGCAGGAACUGGAUCAGGUCAUCUUUGCCACCAAGGCGGAAGCGGGGGCGGGCGUAGUAGUCUUUUAG